AUGCCAUUUUACCAUCCCGUCCUUCUGUUGGCGAACCAAAAAGAUCUGGAGCAUCUUCGCCAGGUUCGCGUCGAAGACGGCCAAGCGCUAGCAUUACAAAAUAACUGCCACUUUGCUGAACUUUCGGCAGCUGAAGACCUAGACGGAGUGGAGCUGACGAUGACCGCAUUGUUUCGCGAUGUGCGGACACUCAAGUCACAGCGGACUGCCGUUCGUCAGAAAAAGCCUUCGUUAAUGCACGUCACCAAGUUAUUUAGUUCUUUGAUUGGGCGUUCCUCUAGCUCUUCUUCGUUCAACGAAACCGACACGGAAAAACCGAAACUCAAAAGCAGUUCAACUGCGUCGUCGCUUCACACGGGCGACGAAUGCGAAAUCAAAGUGAACACGCCAACAGAAAAGGAGGUCAAAUCAAAUAAAGGAAUAAAAAAACGUCCUUCUUUCUCUCUAUGA